AUGGGAGCUCGCACCGCAUCAGCCACCGGGCUGAUCCUCUCACGACCGACCUCCACCUCCAUCUGCUCCCAAUGCCUCCGUGACGACCUCCGGCUGACGCAUUACGCUCUGCAAACCCGCAAAUAUCAUCCUACACGACGGAGGGAUGCCUCGCCCUUUGGAGCCGCCGUGUCGGCGGCGCAGGCCAUCUUCAAGGGCAUGCCCAAAGCACCCCCAGGCGUCUCCGUCGACCCAUUGAGGAUGGUUGGGAAAGAGCUGAAGUUCCUGUCUAAAAAUAUUCGUCAAUUGCUUGGGUCUGGUCACCCAGCGCUAGACAAAGUUGCCAAAUACUAUACUCACAGCGAAGGCAAACACAUGCGGCCUAUGCUUGUCCUCCUCAUGUCUCAAGCUACGGCUUUAGACCCGCGCAAGCACCACACCUACUCUGAUAAACCGAGUCCUGUCGAUGCAUCCUUUAGCGCGCCCUCGAUUCUCGAAGACGCGAACCCCGAAAUGAACCCGCUCGUGUCCCCGAAGGCCGAGAGCCAAUACGACGUUGCAGGAGAUGACAACAUCCUGCCCUCUCAGCGGCGAUUGGCCGAAAUCACAGAGUUGAUUCACACGGCGUCUCUGCUGCACGACGAUGUCAUCGAUAAUGCGGUUACGCGCCGCGCCAGCAGCUCCGCAAAUACCGCGUUCGGAAACAAGAUGGCUGUUCUGGCUGGUGAUUUCCUUCUUGGACGCGCCUCAGUUGCUUUGGCUCGUUUGCGCGAUCCCGAAGUCACAGAGCUUAUGGCUACUGUGAUUGCCAAUCUGGUCGAGGGCGAGUUCAUGCAGCUCAAGAACACCGCACAGGACGAAUCGAAGCCCGUCUACACAGAUGAUACCCUCAACUACUACCUUCAGAAGACCUACUUGAAGACCGCCAGUUUGAUCAGCAAGUCUUGCCGCUCCGCUGCAGUUCUGGGCCGUAGCGCCCCGGAGGUGAUCGAAGCUUCCUACGCCUACGGUCGUAACCUUGGCCUGGCAUUCCAGCUUGUGGAUGAUAUGUUGGACUACACUGUUACCGAGGCUGAGAUGGGCAAGCCUGUUGGUGCGGACUUGGAAUUGGGUCUGGCGACUGCCCCGCUCCUCUUUGCGUGGAAGAGCAACCCGGAACUUGGUCCUCUGGUUGGACGCAAGUUCAACCAGGAGGGAGAUGUACAGCGGGCACGUCAACUCGUCCAUGAAAGCAACGGUGUUGAGCAGACUCGUGCUUUGGCACAGGAAUACGCUGACAAGGCCAUUGCUGCCAUCAGUGACUUCCCUGACAGCGAGGCCAAGACUGGUCUCAUUGAGAUGUGCGAGAAAACAAUGAAGCGGAGGAAGUAG